AUGGAGGUUGACUUGGUUUCGCUUAAUCAUAUUGACACCAUCAUUAAUAAAGGGAAGGCUGAAGCAUGGAGAUUCACAGGCAUAUACGGUUUUCCUGAAGUUGGGAGAAAAGUUGAAACAUGGGAACUGUUGAAAGGUCUGAGCCAAAAAUUUAACUUACCAUGGAUUUGCGCUGGAGAUUUUAAUGAAAUACUUAGAAGCCAUGAAAAAAUUGGUGGAGCAGCAAGGAGAGAAUCAAAGAUGAAUUCAUUUCGUGAUGUGGUUGAUGAGUGCGGGCUUGUAGACUUGGGAUUUGUUGGCCAUAAAUUCACGUGGAGAGGAAGACGAUCAGGUGGUGUAGUAUUAGAGAGACUUGACCGGGCAUUUGCAAGUGAUUCUUGGUUGGAAAAAAACCCAGCAACUAGAGUACAACACAUUAGAGCCCAUUCAUCGGACCUUAAUCCUAUCAUUAUUAAACCGGAAGGUAUUGUGGCAUGCCGGAAUAAACCGUUCCGCUUUGAACAAAUGUGGUUGAAAGAGAGUGGAUGUGGUGACACCAUUAAGGAGGUUUGGGAAGAUGGUUCUGUAGUCAGCCCCAUGCCAUUGGUAGCGCAAAAAAUUAAGGAGUGUGGGACUCGGUUGACUGAAUGGAGUAGACAUUCUUUUGGGAGCAUUAGACGCCAACUGGAGGAAAAAACAAGGGAGUUGAUCAAGGCCGAAUGGGAAGCAGCUAGGGGGAGUGAUACUACCACAGUAAGAGAAAUUCAGUUGGAGGUCAAUGAAUUACUUGAUAAAGAGAGUUUGAUGUGGCAGCAGUGGGCAAGAUCUUUGUUCUUAAAGUCUGGGGACCGUAACACUCGGUAUUUCCACAGCCGUGCUUCUCACAGGUACAAGAGGAACAAAAUCUAUGGACUCAAGAACAAUAUCAAUGAGUGGUGCACUUCAGACAACCAAGUUGAGGAGAUAGUAGUCAGGUUCUAUGAGUCUUUAUUUACUUCCUCGCAACCUUCUUAUAUGCAUGUAGUGUUGGAGGCAAUAGAACCCAAGGUGUCAGCAAAUAUGAAUCAGGAGCUCACUAAAGACUUCACUAGGGAGGAGGUUGAAGUUUCCUUAAAACAUAUGGAACCUUUGAAGGCACCGAGCCCGGAUGUUCUAGCUAAUCGUUUGAAAAAGGUGCUACCUUAUCCUGUUUCUGAAAAUCAGAGUGCUUUCCAAGCAGGAAAGGUUAUUACGGAUAAUAUUUUGAUGGCUUUUGAAACUCUCCAUUAUAUGAAACAUCACCAAUCAGGCAAAACAAGUUUUAUGGCUUUGAAACUCAACAUGAGCAAGGCUUAUGAUCGAGUGGAGUGGGGUUUCAUGGAAGGGCUAUUAUAG